GGAGGGGUGUGCCGCGCAUGCGCGCUGCGCCUCGCUCCGUCGCCGCCGUCAAGAUGGCGUCCACCAGCCGUUUGGAUGUCCUCCCCAGAGUGACUUGUCCAAACCAUCCGGAUGCUAUUUUAGUGGAGGACUACAGAGCUGGAGACAUGAUCUGCCCUGAGUGUGGAUUGGUAGUAGGUGACCGGGUCAUAGACGUGGGGUCCGAGUGGAGAACGUUCAGCAAUGACAAAGCGACCAAAGAUCCUUCUCGAGUUGGAGACACUCAGAAUCCUCUCUUGAGCGAUGGAGAUUUGACUACGAUGAUUGGCAAGGGCACGGGCGCCGCAAGUUUCGAUGAAUUUGGAAACUCCAAGUACCAGAACCGCCGGACGAUGAGCAGCUCCGACCGGGCGAUCAUGAACGCUUUCAAAGAGAUCACCAACAUGGCCGACAGAAUCAACCUUCCGCGAAAUAUAGUCGACCGGACGAAUACUUUAUUCAAGCAAGUAUACGAGCAGAAGAGCCUGAAGGGGAGGUGUAACGACGCCAUAGCUUCUGCUUGCCUCUACAUUGCCUGUCGGCAGGAAGGGGUGCCCCGGACCUUUAAAGAAAUAUGUGCCGUGUCGCGGAUUUCCAAGAAAGAAAUAGGCCGAUGCUUCAAGCUUAUUCUGAAGGCCCUGGAAACGAGCGUGGAUCUGAUCACAACUGGGGAUUUCAUGUCACGGUUCUGCUCCAACCUUGGCCUUCCCAAGCAGGUCCAGAUGGCCGCGACGCACAUCGCGCGGAAAGCCGUGGAGAUAGACUUGGUGCCCGGCAGGAGCCCCAUUUCUGUGGCGGCGGCAGCCAUCUAUAUGGCGUCACAGGCGUCCACGGAGAAAAGGACCCAGAAAGAAAUUGGAGAUAUCGCCGGAGUUGCUGACGUUACCAUCCGGCAGUCGUACAGGCUCAUCUAUCCCCGGGCCCCAGAUCUGUUUCCGGCAGACUUUAAAUUUGACACCCCCGUGGACAAGCUCCCGCAGCUCUAAACGGCCGCAGCCUCCGCGGAAAGACCCGCAGGCUCCAUCGCGCCCUGACCGGCGGGCGAGGCCGUCUCCUGUGCCGAUCCGGAACCCUCGUGGCGUGGAUUUGGAAAAAAACACGAAGGUGCGAGGCUCUAAACGGUGCACAUUCCAAGGGUAAACAAAAAAUCGUGUGGCGUUUUGUAUGUGUGUAUAUAUAGUGAAAGUAAAAUAUUUAAAUGGUAAUUAACAAGGCUCAUUUCUCUGACUCGAUUUCUUUUGUAGCCAUCUCUGCAAAUUGUAUUUUGGAAGAUAUUUGAAAUGAUGUAAUUCCUGAAUAAAUCGCUUUCCGAAAAUAA